GACAAAUUGCAUACAAAUCCUUGAAGAUGGUAGAAAUGUAAACAAAUUUAAUAUUUACGGUGUUUUACAUAUACGCAGUUACAGGCAAUUAUGGAAGAUGUCUACCUUGAUUAUAAAGUGUCUAUGGAUAAUAAAACAAGUGUUCGUAUUUCACUUGAGUCCUGAAGUGCCCUGCCUGAACCAAUAUGAGGUUACUGGUACUCUUCAGAAGAAAGUAUUUUAUCUGGUUAGUGACUGGUCUCUUGUUCCUCUGCUUGUUACUGCUUUUGAAUGGCGAGGCAUGGCACAUUGUGAAAAAAGAAGUACUUAGAACAUAUGGAAGCCCCAGCUAUAGAAAUAUUGGUGAUUUUGUGAAAGAGGUAUACAAUGGAUGUGAUGGUAACUUUCAGGCGUUUGGUCACCAGUUUGCUGUGUUAAAAAAUGUUGUUAUUAAACCAGGUGAAGCACAAUUUUACAUUCCGUGUACCAGUACUGAUGAGGCAUCAUUAAAAUAUUCUUUUGACUAUGGGCACGAAGGGACCCAUUUAAAUGAUUGGCUCAAAAGUACAUUUCCAUAUAGUGAUGCCUUUACAAAGUUGCAAAGGUAUGGUACCCUUAAAAACUUAUCAAACAUUGUAUGGAAAACCCGUACGGAAACAAAGAGAAUUUCUAUUGAAAACAAGUUUGUUAUUGCAGUGCUUAGGUAUGAGUAUGCGAAUUUGUAUCAUACAAUGACUGACUGGUACAAUGUGUUUUUGGUCGCAACGUUGUUGGACAUUCCGCUUGAUAAAUUGUGUGUGAUUUUGUAUGGAGGUUACGCCUCAGGCCAUUUGGAUCCCACAUGGUCAACUCUGUUUGGAGACGUUUUUUACCUUUCAAACCUGACUGAACCAUUCAUGGCCCCAUCCAUGGCAUGGAAUAUAAUCGGGUAUGAAAGUCCGCUAAAUUACCACGGCCAGCCAGAAAUUCCAUUCCUUGGCCAGUUUGUGAAUUUCUUUCUUUCCCAACACAAUAUCAAAGACUGGAAGGCUUUGAACUGCGAGAAACUGGUGAUUACAUUCCUAUGGAGACGAGAUUACGUUGCUCAUCCUGGAAACCCAAGUGGUUUGAUCUCGAGAAAAGUGAAAAACGAAGAUGAAAUUCUUGCUUAUUUUAGGCAGCAAUACCCAGAUGCAGUUGUCAAUGGAACUCAGAUUGAUCAAAUGAGUUUUUCAAGUCAGCUUCAGGUGAUAGCCAAUACGGAUAUAUUAAUAUCGAUGCAUGGUGCCGGUCUUAGUCAUAUCUUGUUCCUUCCUACGCAUGCAGCAGUUGUAGAGAUGUUCACACUCUACUGGAAAAAAUAUCUUGGCUUCAACCAUUUCAAAUCCUUUGCUCGUUGGCAUGGAGUGAAAUAUCGCAACUGGCAAAAUCUGAAUCCUAGCAAUGAAUAUCCUGAUUUUUAUACUUACAUUCCGCCAGCAGCUUUGAACCAACUUGUUAAUGAUCUUUAUGUAGAAAUGUGCCAUUAAUUGUCUAUGAUUUUAAUUUAUGAUAUAGUACUACAAAAUGUAUGAUAAAAUCAGCGGAAGGGGUCUAUAUAAGGCCUUUGCUAAAGAAGGAAACAAAACCCUGAACUGCUAUAUGCCUUCUUACGGGUGAUUUAACAAAAACCAGUCUACCAACUGUACAAGAUUACUCAGUCCAUCCAUACUAUGUAUUAUUAACCCUUUGCAUGCUGGGAAAUUUGUAGUCUGCUAAAAUGUUGUCUGCUUAAUUUCUAAAAUUAGCAUUUUCUUCGAUUUUUUUCAAAGCAAACUAUCAGAAUAGCAAACAGUUUGGAUCCUGAUGAGAUGCCACGUUCUGUGGCGUCUCAUCAGGAUCCAAACUGUUUGCAAAGGCCUUCAAAAUUCGGUUCCCGCACUGAAAGGGUUAAUAAAGAGACUUGUUCACAGUAGUUAUAAUGAUAAUUGUCCAAUCUCAGAUUUAAAUUACAUUUGUAAAUAUAACACAAAAGUGUUCAUAAGUGUACAUGAGAAUAUUAAAUAUCUAGUUUAUUUUCUUUCUUUCUUAAAUUUUUUACUAAUUAUCAUAUCAGAGCUAUUUAGUUCCCAUUUUUUAAUCAAUUUAACACAUUUAUUGACAAAACAUCCAUAAAUGUCAAAAUCUCAUACAACUCCCUUUCAGCAUUAAAAUUGUAAUCAUAUUUUCCAUUUUAUUUUUUUCCAUUGAUUUUAAGCUCUACUGCCAAAGGCAGAAGAGCAUGUGGGAUGGCAUGGUGUCUGUGUGUGUGUUAGACGUUGUCUUGUUUAUCCGAUAAAGUCCACAGUUUUCAUCCGAUUCUUUUCAAACUUACUCAGUGUCUUUAUAUUAAUGAGGACUUGAACCCUAUUGAUUUUCAGGUCACUGGGUCAAAGGUCAAGGUCACAGUGACUCGAAAUAGUAAAAACUUGUUUAUCCGAUAAAGUCCACAGUUUUCAUCCGAUUCUUUUUAAACUUGCUCAGUGUCUUCAUACUAAUGAAGACUUGAACCCUAUUGAUUUUCAGAUCAUUGGGUCAAAGGUCAAUUGAGAAUUGCUUUUAUGAAGUAUAAAAUACAUCAGCGAUUGUAUCCGGAAGGACGGCCGAGUGGUCUAAGUAGUAGACUUUUAACUCCAUGAGGACCCCAGGGGUCAGUGGUUCGAGCCCUACUGAGGGUUGCGUUUUUUUUAUCUUUUUAAAAUUUUAUUCUUGAUUUUUUACCUGAGCUUUUUAUAUCCAAUGUUUACAUUUAUCAAUAUAAAACAUUUAAUUACAAACUUCAAUACAUGCCAAAAUCUGUGAAAAGGCCCCUUUAAGCUCCUUUCACUGAUCAAGUCUCUUUUAUUUUUUGUUACAUAUUUGCUUCAGUGAAGUAUAAAAGAUUGGGCUUGCUUUUCCAAACUAUAUCAUACUUAUACCUGAUUGUAGGUAAUUAUUGUUUGCUAUGCGUAUUUAAAGAGAAGUAUUGUUCUUGAUUUUGUUACUUAGAGCAAUAUGCAGAUAAUUUAAAUAUUAAUGGUCAAUGCAUUUAUGUAUUGGGUAUUUAUUCAUGUUUUGAAAGGAGCUCUAAUUAUGCUAAUAAUUAUGCUUUUGAUCAUGCCUGACUUGCAAAAGGUUUGGGAUGGUGAUGUUUUGUGUUGUAAAUUAUAUUUUUGAUUAUUUUGUUAUUAAACAUUUUAAUGAGUUGAAACGUUUAGUGUUGCAAUUGUUGCACUCCACAGGGGGACGCAAAAUGCAUUGCCAUUUUGGUCCAUACAUAUGUCUUGAAACAUCUUUUACUCCUGGAUAUAUUUGAGGCACUGCAAAACAUGUCCAACACUCAGACAAAUCUGAGAACAACUCACUGCAUUGUCUGAAAAACAUCUUGUCACUGUCAGACACUGCAUUAAUUGUCUGAAAAACAUCUUGUCACUGUCAGACACUGCAUUGUCUGAAAAACAUCUUGUCACUGUCAGACACUGCAUUGUCUGAAAAACAUCUUGUCACUGUCAGACACUGCAUUGUCUGAAAAACAUCUUGUCACUGUCAGACACUGCAUUGUCUGAAAAACAUCUUGUCACUGUCAGACACUCACUGCAUUGUCUGAAAAACAUCUUGUCACUGUCAGACACAGUAACAAGAAAUUGGAAAAGUUCUAUGGUAUGAAGCAUGCAAGUCUGAUUAACUGACAAAAUGUCACAACAAAGUCCCUUCCAAUCAGACAGUUUGGCAUACAUGCCUAUCAAAAGAUCGGCUGAGUUACAAGUUUCAUCAGGCUUGGAUAAUAAAUAUAGAACCUUUAACCCAUUUAUGCCUAGUGGACUUUUCCAUCCUUCUAAAUUUGAUCAAUUUAUUUCCAAAAUUAGGGAUGUCUUGUAUAUAUUAUUUCUAUAUUUAGAAUAUUUCUUACAGAAAUUCAAUUAACCAAACAGCGUAGACCCAGA